CAUUGUUGAAAAACAUAAUUUCCAUGAUGCAAUGAUGGCGAACACCAUUAUGACGUCACAAUCACACUGCGACUAAAGUCAUUGUGACGUCAUAAAACAAAAGAUUUUCAUUCCUGUCACAUCGUGUACGGUUUAUAGUGAUUCUUCCAGACAUGUUGAAAUUCCUUCGAAGAGUCUUUGGAAAGAAGAAACGCAGUAAUGUUGAAAGUCAGGCAGUCGUGAUAGACUACGACAAGAUUUCUCAUUCUGCUCAGGAAAUGAGAAGGAAUAAUAACGAUAUACACUGCGUGUAUCAGUCUGUGCAGGAGAAUGUUACGGAUGUCGGGGAACAACUACGACAUUCCGAGGAUUUGAUGGAUAAUUUAGCAAAGAGUUUCACAGACAUGGAAAACAUGGCAGAGCGAGCCUGUCAAAUUCUUUGCGAGGAGAAAGAAAAAUUACAAAAGAAAAAGGAUACUUUGGCGAAGUUGAAAGAAGAUGUCGGAUUCUAAAUACCGCCUGACAAUUUUGAGAGGGUCGGCAGUGGAACAGCACGCCGAGGCAGCCGAGAGUGGGAAUGCUGAGAGUUUGGGGUCCUUCGUGCCCGAGGAGCGAGAACAACUAGAACAUCAGCUUUCUGUGGCCAAAAUGGAUGUCGAUAAGUACACACAGCAGAACUUAGAAGAUGAGGUGGUGAUUGAAAGUGUACAGCUCAUCAGAGAAAGAUUACAAAAGGACCACAACCUCCAUGUUCGUCAGCUCCAGAACGAGUGUGUCAAUCUGGAGAAAAAGAACCCUCUGGUGAAGUUCCGGGAACAGCACUUCAACUCAAAUGAAGGGAAAACAGAACUGUUGACUUUCUUUAGAGUGCCCAAAGAGGAACAGGAAGCCACCAAGAAGAGAUUCGCCUCACUGAAAAAAAGGAAAGAGGCAUUGCUUGAAAAAGUCCAAGGACAGAGACAGAGAAAACGCGCCUUGGCGGAAUAUAAUGCAUAUUUGGUCAAGUCCAUUAAAAGGAAAAAGGAUAGGGCCAUGCUAGACUGAAGUUAGCAGCCACUCAGCAACGAACGAUAUCGGAUUAUUGUACAAUUAUUCAAGAGUUUGCUAAUUUGAAUGAUAAAUUCCAAUAAUGAUGAAUAUUAAUGAUGAAUAACCGUACAUUACUAUACGUAUUCCAUCUUCUGUAAAUCAUGUUAAUUUCUCUAUUCAUUGUCUUGCCUACCCUUUUAUUAAAAUAUCACAAAGGUUAUUACAAAUAUUAUUUUAGAUCUCAUAGUAAUUCGGUUUAAGAUUUUAUAUCAUAUAGCUCCAGAGCAAAUUAUAUUCAUUCUACAUGUAAUCCCCGAUUACUAAUUUAUUUGUUGCAUUAAAAAAAAAAACAAAUUUAAAAAAAGAGAAAAAAACAGAGAGAAAAAAAUGCAUUUUUACUUAGAUGUGCUUAGUUUUCUUUACAGAUCUUUUUUUACGAAUGGAGGCCUUAUUAUGUACUAUAGUGCGGGCACAUCUACCUCAUCCUGGGCCAUGAUGCUGUAAAGAAUCGCGUUUUGAAUUUGUACAUUUUCUGUUAAUAAAUUAAUUAAUCUU